GAGAUAGUUUCUGCUUCGCUCAUGUCUGUUCUACGCGUUUGAUUGUUUCCAAUUGGUUUCCAACUUUACUUACAAACUCCACCCCAUUCAGCGGAAAGUGUUACGGAUCUCCCAUGGGUUACCUCUCACAAUCAGCACUCAAAAAUCUCAAAAAAUAUUCCUACAAAGGUGUAGAUGAAUCUUUGGUUUCUCGUUAUCUCCUUACGCCGUAUUGGAAUUGGUUCAUCAAGCUCUGGCCACUGACCGUUGCUCCAAAUACCAUAACCUUGCUUGGUCUAUGCAUCGUCGCAUUUAAUGUCUUCACACUGCUAUAUUACGACCCUCUUUACUUGACAGAGAAGGAUGGGGCAACCGGGCCUCCUCAGUGGAUCUACUUCACAUGGGCGAUCGGGUUGUUCAUGUACCAGAGUUUCGAUGCAGUAGAUGGGAAGCAGGCAAGGAGAACGGGGAUGGCUGGUCCUUUGGGAGAAAUGUUUGAUCAUGGUUGCGAUGCGCUCAACACCACUCUCGAGGUCAUUCUUGCAUCUCGUGCGCUCAACCUUGGCCGCUCAUGGUGGACUGUUGCAUCGCAAAUAGCUACUCUUGCCAACUUCUACUUGACCACAUGGGAAGAAUACCACACUGGAGUAUUGUACCUCGGUCCUUUCUCAGGUCCAGUAGAAGGUAUCUUAAUGAUCGUUAUCAUCUAUGUUGUAUCGGGAAUUUUUGGUCCUACAUUCUGGGACAAGAAAUUCCUGACUUUCACUCAUCUUGAUAGAAUACCCCAAGUUGUUCAGCACGUUCCUAACCUUGGUCUUAAUGAGUCUUUCAUGGUCUUUGCUGGUUUCGCUCUGGCUUUCAAUAUUAUCUCAAGCUACCGCAACGUCAUCCGAGCUACCAAAGCUGCCGGAAAGUCGAGUCUCAAGCCUCUCAUCUAUCUCUUGCCCUUUGUCGUUUCAGCGGCCCUCCAGAUUCUUUGGUUGCUCAGCCCCUCUUACCAUGACUCUGCCAUCAUUCACUCACCACUCUUCCUACCGUUUCUCUGUGCAUGGGGUUUACAAUUUGCUCAUCAAGUAGGAAGGAUGAUUUUAAGCCAUGUUACAAGUGCACCCUUUCCCCUGUGGCACAGUAUGUGGAUAUGGAGUGUUGUCGGGGUGAUCGAUGCCCAAAUCCCCUUCUUGUUUGACAAGCCGUCACUAAUACAAUCCACACCUAAGCGAACGGCAGUGUUCAUCUACCUGACACUCGCGGUCUCAUUCAUCACUUAUGCACGCUUCUGUGCAUUAGUCAUCAGGGAUAUCACGGAAUUUCUAGGUAUCGCUUGUUUUACUGUGCGUAAGAAGGAUGCGGAGGGUGUGUGGAGGGAGACACGGGAUAUCCAGCAGGAUGGGUACGUCAAACGACUUUGAUGCGAGUGGUGAAGAAUUGGGACGUACAGUGCAUCUCACGAAUUUCAUGUCUACGCUUUGAUCUGUUCGUAUUAUCAUAUAAUCUGCGGCGCCCGUUUCUCUAAGUCUCGAACAAGUAACCGACUGUAGAUUAUCGGGAGAUACGAGUUACACGUUUCGCUUUAUAACUGAAUUUCGUCGGAUUUUCAAAUUCUCACUCAUUCUCGCCGG